UGCAAUGAGUUGGAGCUGGGUUGUUUUGAGGAGUUUAAAGUUGUUCAUUUCAGCUAAAUCUAUUAUUGGCUGACCAUCAAGGCGUUGUGUUUACUUGGAACUACACAACGUCGGAAGAAAUGUAGGGACUUUUUAUCCGCUUUAGUCGUUGCCUCACGAUGGAGGAACCUGCAACAAGAGAGUUGGAGAUGUCCCUGUCAGACGGUAACGUCACCUCGGACGACGAUAUGCCCUUAACGUUACCCACAGAUGGCAGCCUCAGUGGAAGCUUCCGAAAGGGAUGUGAUCCUUUCGCCCAGACCCAGCGCAGUAAACUGCAGCACCGGCGAGCUCGCAUCAACCAGCAGAUCAACAAGGAGAUGCGCAUGAGAGCUGGAGCAGAGAACCUCUUCAGGGCAACAACCAACAACAAGGUGAAGGAGACGGUGGCUCUGGAGCUCAGCUUUGUCAACUCCAACCUACAGCUGCUCAAAGAGGAGCUGGAGGAGCUCAACAGCAACAUGGAGGUCUACCAGACAGACAGUGAGGCUAUCAACGUUCCCAUGAUCCCACUAGGAUUAAAAGAAACCAAAGAGGUGGACUUCGCAGUUUCUAUCCAGGACUUCAUCUGUGAGCACUACGGAGAGGAGAGCUCUCUCUACGACAAGGAGCUCAAAGAGCUUAUGGAGCUCAGACAGGCCAUGCGUACACCCAGUCGUAACCAGGCCGGGCUGGAGCUACUCAUGGAGUACUACAACCAGCUGUACUACCUGGACCAGCGCUUCUUCCCCCUACACAGGAACCUGGGUGUGCACUUCCACUGGUACGACUCCCUGACGGGCGUCCCGUCGUCCCAGCGUACGCUGGCCUUUGAAAAGGGAAGUGUGUUGUUCAACAUCGGCGCCCUGUACACGCAGAUCGGUGCACGGCAAGACCGCUCUGCAACAGCUGGCAUAGACCGAGCAAUAGAUGCCUUCCAGAGAGCUGCAGGUGCAUUUAAUUACCUGAAAGAGAAUUUCUCCAACGCUCCCAGUUUGGACAUGAGCGGCCCGUCGCUCUGCAUGCUGGUGCGUCUGAUGGUUUCCCAGGUGCAGGAGUGUGUGUUCGAGCGAGUCACACUCGCCACUCGGGACACACACUUCACUUCGCAACUCCGCCGGGCGCAGGAGGCCGCGCGGGUGUCGGACGUCUAUUUGCUCGUGCAGCAGACCAUGACUCAGCCUCUGAUGAAGGACUACGUGCCGUUUUCUUGGGCCUCCAUGGUUCAAGUCAAAUCGGAACACUUCCGGGCCCUCUCGCACUACUACGCCGCUGUUGCACUCUGCGAUCACACGCUGUCUGCUGAGGAGGAGGAGGAGGAGGAGGAGGAGGAGGAGGAGUGUGAUGAGGAAGCAGAGAAGGCUUUCCUCCAGCUCUAUGUCAGCAGCCCUGCAGGGCCACCACUCGGCCAGCUUUUACGAGACCCCGAAAAAAGAAGAAAGCUUGGUAAAGCUCACCUGCGGCGCGCCGUAAUCCGACACGAGGAAGCCAUGCGUGUCCACGGCCUGUGUAAGAUCCUGAGGAAGAUGGACAUCCUGCAGGACGUGCUGUCGAUAACACACAAACGCUCUCUGGACAAGUACUCUGAGCUGGACCGAGAGGACGACUUCGACGAAACCGCAGAGGCCCCAGAGAUACAAUCUCAAACCCAUCAGAAACCCGACAUCACUCCAACCAACUUCUCUACAGUCCAAGUCACUGAUAUCUUCCAGAGACUGGGGCCUCUGUCAGUGUUUUGUGCCCGGGCUCGCUGGGGUCCGGUACGUGUGAUCGGCCUGCAGAAGAGAGAAGAUGGGAUGGGUCUCACGCUCAGAGGAGACUCGCCCGUCCUGGUGGCCGGAGUUGUGCCUGGAGGCUGUGCAGCAGAGGCGGGACUAAGGGAAGGAGACUACAUCGUAGCAGUGGACGGACAGGACUGUAAAUGGGCCAAACAUGCCGAGGUGGUUCAAAUGCUAAAGAGCUGUAGCGAGAGAGGAGUGGAGCUCAGUGUGGUCACUUUGCAGUCGCAUGAUACACAGCUGGAGAGGAGGGCCAUCUUGCUGUCCCACCGCAGCGAUAAGGAAAACACUCGGCAGCGGCUCACGGGUGGAGCUAAGGGCCAGAGCUCCGCCUCCUUGUUGAACUGGAACAGGAAGAAGACGAGGGAAGGCGACGGGGUCACUAAGAGGCUCGGAAGCACUUUCAGUUUGUCGUUUGGAAGCAUCCGAGACACUGAGGCCAUGUACUGAGACAUGGCUGCAGAGGAACCACUCAGGGAAUCACAGCAGUGGAGCGCGAGGUACGAUCAGGACCGCCUUCAGAUGAAACAUCCGGAAGGAGCCAAAAACAAAACAAAUCAAAAAUGCACACCGUUUGUCCAGUAACAUUAUUCCUGCCGUCUUUUUAUUGCUACAGCCCAGUCCAGUGUCUUGCAACUGUGUUGGCUCAGAAAAUAUGUGAUGAACAAACAUAGCAUGUAGAGCACCUUCUAUCAUGUAGGUUUUUAAAAUACACGAGUGAAGGCCUUACUAUGGCUGCCAUGGUCAUUUCAGAGUUGAGCAAUCCCACGCCUGAGGACCGCUAUGUUCUGCCUUGGAGACCGGAGGUGCGUUGAGACAGAACGCAAACAUGAUUUUAGAUCCUGAGACUCGAGAACACGCUGUUGGUCCUGCAUGAUGAACAAAAAGAAAAAGUGCAGUGAUUUCACUGAUACAAUUAGAAUUUUUGAUUUUUGAUUUGCAUCCAUCACCACUCGGAGUUCUCUGUGAAACAGACGGUCAAAGAAUAAUUUUGAGUAUUACUGAACUUCAUUGAAGUUUUUUCAGCAAACUACUGACACUAACAUAAAAAAACAGCUGGGGACAAGUAAAUAAGUAAAGUAACCCAGGGCUAACAGCAGAUUAACAUUUACACUUGAAAGCAAACCUAGAAUGUAGGUCUUAACAACACACCCAGCUCCUUGACUUAAUUUUUUUUACAUUGACAUUACUAUACAUAUGUAUUGUGUAAAGUUGAGAGGGUUAAGCAGAAUUAAAAGGUUCCAUAUUUCUUGUGUCUUAUAUUUUUCUUAAGAGGUCUCUGAGGUCACAGAAUACUGUAACAGUCCUGUUCAACCAUUUAGGAUCAGUUGAUACUGACAGUAUCACUGAUACUUUAAUGAUUAUGGUAUUGGAUGUUCUUGGAGGAAUGUUUUAGUUGUCAUUUAUAGAUGAUUAAAAAAGCACUUCAGUGGUUUUGAUCCAUCGUUUUGUAGUUUUGGUACUUUCAUGCACUGUGAAUAUUGAAAAGGACAAACAAUGUAGUUCUGACUUGAUGUCUCGAUAAUGAUCAUGCGAGAGGUUGGGAGUUCAAAGAAUAAAUAAUAAAAUGUGAUGCUGGGAGACCCUGCAGGAAAAGCAUAUGGUAUCCAAAACGGUCCAUUCUUUUCAAAAGGAGUUUUGUAUUGUCUUGUAUCUAUUGUGUCCUCAAUGGUUUCUGAGAACGGUCCAUUCACUGUACUGUAUGUUAGUCAGCCAAUAUUAGAAAACAAUAGAUGAUGUUUGUGGGGUUUUUCUUCUUUUAAAUACUGUUUGUACAAAUCUGAUAUAACUAGAAUUGUAGCACAUUACUGUUUGGUCCAGCAAAAAAUUAAAUAAUGCUGUGUUUUCUUUCUUCUUUAUGUACAAUGUGUGUGCCACGGUGGUCCAUUGUGAUGAGUACAGAACGCUGAAGAGGAAAACACAAGGAUUUCUCAUGUUUUGUCUUCACAUGAUUACAACAUAAUUGUUCUGUGAUGAAAGGUUUAGCGAUUCCAAAAAGAUUGUAACGGAGCAGGGUUUUUUGUAUUCCCAGUCAAUAAAUGCAUGUUUGGAUGCAAAGUGACGUACUGGUUUCCUCUUCAGCUUUCUGUACUAUGUAUUUGUGUGAGUUAGUAAACGUGUGUUUCGCCUGUUGGGAAGAGGAAUAUUUUUUCCUUCCAUUUGUGUUUGUCGACUGAAUCUCUGACCAUCCCUUAAUGACUGCAUUUGGGGAUUUGCACAGUAUUUUUUUUUCCAUGUAUGAAUACAAUAAAAGUGAAUGAGCUACGAUCA